GAGAGAGAGAGAGGGAGAGAGAGAGAGAGACUGGUGCAGGACAGAGACAGAGGGGGAGCUUGCUGUAAUCAUUACUAUUUUCACCUUGUCGUCAUAUAUCAACCAGCCGCUCCUUGCUUCCAGGGACUGCAGCCACACACAUACACACACAAGCUCGCGCACUCCCACACUCCCACACGCUCUCACACACACAUACACACACACACGCGCGCGCACACACAGGCCAUGCGGGCCUGGAGGGCCAGGCUCUGAGGCAGGCGGAGGGUCGGGUGCGUAGGGGCGCGGAGAUGGCAGGACUGUCCGGGACACAGCGUCCCCCGUGCGCUGACCACGCAUGACCGAGCGGCGGGGGCCGGCCCCGGGGGACACGGGCGAGCCGGGCGAGGCGGGCGGUGGGCUGGGCCGGCCGCACGCCCUGCACGGCACGGAAGAAUGCAAACAGAUCCUGGCGCGCCAGAAGUCCAACUCGCAGUCGGACUCCCAUGAUGACGAGGUGUCCCCGCCCCCCCCGAACCCCGUGGUGAAGGCCCGACGCCGCCGGGGCGGCGUCAGCGCCGAGGUGUAUACCGAGGAGGAUGCCGUCAGCUACGUCAGGAAGGUGAUCCCAAAGGACUACAAGACCAUGACAGCUUUGGCCAAGGCCAUAUCCAAGAACGUGCUCUUCGCACACCUCGACGAUAACGAGAGAAGUGACAUAUUCGAUGCCAUGUUCCCAGUCACACACAUCGCCGGGGAAACUGUCAUCCAGCAGGGUGAUGAAGGGGACAACUUCUAUGUGAUCGACCAAGGGGAGGUGGACGUGUAUGUGAAUGGCGAGUGGGUGACCAGCAUCGGGGAGGGGGGCAGUUUCGGGGAGCUGGCCCUGAUCUACGGGACGCCCCGUGCUGCCACUGUCAAGGCCAAGACUGACCUGAAGCUGUGGGGCAUUGACAGGGACAGCUACCGCCGCAUCCUUAUGGGCAGCACACUGAGGAAGAGGAAGAUGUACGAAGAGUUCCUGAGCAAGGUGUCCAUCCUGGAGUCCCUGGACAAGUGGGAGCGCCUGACAGUGGCCGACGCCCUGGAACCCGUGCAGUUUGAGGACGGGGAGAAGAUCGUGGUGCAGGGAGAGCCAGGAGACGACUUCUUCAUCAUCACAGAGGGCACAGCCUCAGUUCUCCAGCGCAGGUCUGACAAUGAGGAGUACGUGGAGGUGGGACGCCUGGGGCCUUCCGACUACUUCGGCGAGAUCGCCCUGCUGCUGAACAGGCCGCGAGCAGCCACGGUGGUGGCCCGUGGGCCCCUGAAGUGCGUGAAGCUGGACCGGCCCCGCUUCGAGCGUGUGCUGGGGCCCUGCUCCGAGAUCCUCAAGAGGAACAUCCAGAGAUACAACAGCUUCAUCUCCCUGACCGUGUGACCAGGAAGUCCCGGGACCGGGCCGACCGAGA